AUGGCGGAGUCUUCGGGUAAGAAGGGCCCAGGACCUCCGUCAAGGCAGCAGAUCAAAGAACUCGAAGAGAAGGUUAGAAGGCAGAAGUAUGCGAGCGACGACCUUAGAGCCGAGAUAUUUGCCUUGUCCAACAGAGGGAAUCACUUAGCGAGUCAAUUGGGUUUUGCAGAUUUGGACGAAGCCGAAACCGCAGUAGAAGCGAGGCCUGAGGUCUACCACCGAGCAUUCAUUGAAAAGAGCGCUUCCCAAAUACAGUCUCUGGAACUGCAAGUUGCCAAACACAUCCAGCUCGGGGCGGAAUCACGCGAAGCGCUUGGCGAGGCGUCGCUUGAGAUCGAAGAGUUGCAGAAGGAAAACAGUAAACUUCGAGAGGAACUCACUGCAGCACAUCAUGAGAAGGCACGCUUAGAGAGCACACUGCGCGAAUGGGAAAGCAAGUCCACUCCCGUGUCGCGCCUUGUCCCAUCUUCGACUGGUCUCCCCACUCCCUCCGCAACAAUAAAGAAGAGAGCACUGAAUGACGUGACACCUCGCAAUGCUACUGUUCCGCGUGUACGCCGAGCGGGCGAAUUACCUCCUUCGAGCCCAGGGCCUCCUUCUUCUCCGUUACCGCAACGAGCGACCUUUCCCGAUUCGAACGACUCGCUGCUCCUCAGUGGCGAACUGCGCGAUCUACAGAGGAAAUACGACGCGUUGCGGAAGGCGAAGGAGUGCGACGAUGCCAAGUACCAGGCAGAUUACACCAAGUGGCGGAAUUUCAAGCGUUGGAUGUUUGACGAGCAGGAGGCGUCGCUUUCAAGCAUCAUGAUGGACGGGAAGACGCCGAACUGGAAACGCGUGUUGAAAAUGCGGAAGCAUUAUUUAAAGAACGGCCCUGAGGCAGACACGCCUGGAUUGGGAGAGUCAUCUACGCGUGCGCAAGGCGACUUGGCGAGCGGGACUGUAACGCCGCCUACAAAUGAUCGGGAUGUGGACGCGUCUGCUUUCGAGGACAUGGUCAGUCCUGCGAAGCAGCAGCAUAGUUCGUUGACAGCGAGGUUCUUGGAAGCUCGCAACAGUACUAUAGAUUCUGCGGCUGCGCGAAGAGCAUCCCCCGUUGAGACAGCCACGGAGCGCCACCUACAGUCGUCUCCUUCCAAGAGUUGUCCUUCUAAGCGGAAAAGCCAGAAGCGGAAAGCUGUCCAUCCUCCGUCCUCAGAAACAGAAGAGGACUCGCAGGCUCCUGCUCCUGUCUAUGGGACCCAGCCUGGCCUUCGCCGUAUCGUCGUCGCACGCGCUGAUGGCGGCGAACAGAUACUUGUCCAACCAGCUUCCCCACUUGCCCGCACCACACCCGAGCCGCUGCCCGCGAGAGACCUCUCUGCGCGAUCAUCGUCCACGCACUCAACUCCUCGGUCGCCCAAAAAGAGGCGAACGACGCCCUCCAGUACCCCAUCGACUCCACGGAAGGACAAGGAGAAUCAGGACAGUCCUAGCAAGAGGAAGAGACGUCGACAGGAUUACUCUGCAUACAAGGGCAGGGGGCGGUAUGCCGCCAGUACCAGCACCAAGCCGACCACGAUCAACGCGCUGUACGAAAUUGACACGGAGCAGAAUGGCGGGUUGAAGCACCAAUUUAAUGAAGUUGUGAGGAAUAAAGAGCAGAGGAAGCAUAUGCACGCGUUUGACUGCGAAUGCUGUCGCGAGUAUUACGAGGCCGUAGGGCCCCUUCCCGCUCGUCUGCAGGCACCUCUGUGGAAAUCUCCCCAGUCAACUCCCUCCAAGCGCACCGCUCGCUCUGGUCACAAACAUCUAGACGCUGCGGCUAGUCCGUCUGGCAAGGGUAAAGGAAAGGCGCUGUCUUCGGAGCAACUCACCUCCGUCGAUCUGGACAUUGAUGCGGACGAGGCGGAACAGGAGCAAGCCAUUGCCAAGCAUCGGCAAGAGAUUUCGAGGCAUCGUCAGCAGUGGGAGCGUCCGCUGACACCUCCAGGCUACUGGGAGAUCGGAUUCCCUGAUACGCAGGAGACCAGUGCGAUCAAUGAGAAGGCUCGGGAGAUGCAUGAGCGGAAACGGGAAAGGGUCGAGGUUGAAGCCAGUCGUGGAGGACGCUAUAGGAAGCGUUGAUACCCACUCUGGCAUGUCUCUCGCGUUGAUUCACAUAUCGGAAUGCAUAUUCAUGCUACAUGUUCUAUAUGAUAUUAUUACUCUUCGUGGAUCACCAUCUUUGCUCUUUGGGACCAUGCUGGAGCAUAGCGCGCGGGACUAG